UAAUUAAAAUGUUUUUGCAUUCGACAACAAUGGCACACAUGGUAAUUAAGGUGAAAAUAUUUGGGCAAACUUAAGAACAGCCCCACUUCGAGGGAUGCUGUCCCCAAAUUUCCUAAUUCAAAACUAUCCAACUACGACUUGAACUAAACUGCCAAACCGAACCCAAAGCCAAAGGACUUCUACCUGUACGGAAACUUCACGUCGACUAACAUAGGGGCAUUCCCGUAAUUCCAUCUGACAACCGACCUUAGCUUUCGGAUCCAGCGUCUACAAACGGUCACAGUAUCUCCCACCCUUCGAUCCCAGCACGUGUCCUGUUCCUAUUCGCUACCCCGAAUAUUCGCAAAACAUUCCUUGAGCCCUCUACUUAUACCCCCUGCUAAUAUUAAAGCAGAAAAUAAAGACCAACCGAAAAAAACGGGGAAACAAUGACUGAAGCAUUGAAGGGAAGCUACGAGGUUUGUGAAGAGAUCGGCCGGGGAAGAUUCGGCGUCGUUUUCAGGUGCGUUUCAUUGAGCUCAGGCGAAUCGUUCGCCGUUAAAUCCAUCGACAAACGUAUAAUCUCCACCGGCGAUUCUCUUGACUCCCAAUGUCUCUUCAACGAGCCGAAAAUCCUUGCUCUAGUUUCACCGCACCCGAACAUAAUUCACCUCCACAACGUCUACGAAGAUGAUUCUCAUCUCCACAUGGUCCUCGAUCUCUGCCCUCCUUCUCAAGACCUUUACAAUCUCAUCAUCCAUAAUGGUUCCUUCUCGGAAGCCCAAGCUCGACCCAUCAUGACCCAGCUCAUCCAAGCCCUUGCCCACAUUCACAAGCUAGGCGUCGUCCACCGUGAUAUCAAGCCGGAGAAUAUUCUGUUCGAUUCCAAAAAUUCAGUUAAACUAACGGACUUCGGUUCGGCUGAAGGGGGGGUGGAGGCUAUGCAAGGGGUGGUGGGGACCCCGUAUUACGUGGCGCCGGAGGUUUUGAACGGGAGGGAAUACGGGGAGAAAGUUGAUGUGUGGAGUUGCGGUGUCAUUCUGUACAUAAUGUUGGCGGGGUUUCCACCGUUUUAUGGGGAAACGGUUGUGGAGAUAUUUGAGGCGGUUUUGAGAGGGAAUCUGAGGUUCCCUGUCACGGUCUUCCAAUCGGUUUCGCCGGCGGCUAAGGAUCUUCUGAGAAAAAUGCUCUGCAAAGAUGUUUCUAGAAGAUUGUCUGCUGAACAAGUUCUAAGGCAUCCUUGGAUAACAACCGGAGGCUGAAUUUCGAAGCUUUUUUCUCUAGGCCUUAAUUUUUGAAAGGGUAUUUGCUAUUGUAUUGUAUAUAAAGGUCAAAAAGGGAUGAAUUUUUGUUAAUUCCAAGGAAGCUUUGUUUUUUCUGCUCCGUUUCCUCUUUUCGUAGAGGAGGCGAGUGCUUUUCGUAAGCUUGAGAAGAGUGUGUAUAAUUAAAUGACAAAGGAAUGAGAAUUAUUGAGUGGAA